AUGGCCUUUUCCAAGCUUGCUUUGCUCGCCAGCGCCGCGGCGUGCGUGUCCGCUCUCGCCGUGCCGAGUCCGGUCCGCUCCAUAAUCGACACCGCAUCCGACGAGUGUCGCCUGCCUCCCCCUAUCGACCCCUCCGGAGACCGUCUGCCGCACAGCUCUGCGCUCUGGGGCGGCGCGGCCGCGCUCCGCCUGCAGGUCCGGCGGCACCAAGCCGUCGUGCGCGUGCCCUCCAUCUGCUAUGACGACCUCGGCGCCAUUGGCCAUGACGGCCGCUGGGCGCCCUUUGACCAGCUGCACCGGGUGCUCCGAAAGACGUACCCCACGCUCAACGAGGACCCCAGCAAAGCUAACGCUGGCAGCAGGUACAAACACGCCGCGGUGGAAACAAUCAACACGUACGGCCUGCUCUACACCGUCCGCGGCAGCGACCCCGCGCUCAAGCCGGUCCUGCUCAUGGCGCACCAGGACGUCGUCCCCGUCGCCGACGCUUCCACCUGGACGCACCCCCCGUUCGCGGCGCACUACGACGGCCAGUUCCUCUGGGGCCGCGGCGCGAGCGACGACAAGAACAGCCUGACGGCGCUGCUCUCCACGCUCGAGACCAUGCUCUCCCUGCGCUCGUGGAAGCCCCGGCGUACCGUGCUCGUCAGUCUGGGCUUUGACGAGGAGUGCUCCGGCUUCCGCGGGGCCGCGCACAUUGCGGCGGAGCUCACCUCGCGCUACGGCGACGGGGGGCUCGCUGUCGUGCUCGACGAGGGCGGCUUCGGCAUCCAGACCGUCGGCGACGUCAAGUACGUGCUGCCGAGCAUCACGGAAAAGGGCCACGUCGACGUGUGGUUUGACCUGGACGUCAUCGGCGGGCACAGCUCCAUCCCCGCGCCGCACACGGGCAUCGGCAUCGUCGCCGAGAUUGUCGCCGCGCUCGAGGCCCACCCGUACGCGCCCGUGCUGACCACGGCGAACCCCGUGUACGCGCACAUGGCGUGCCUGGCGCGCUACUCGCCGGCCGCCCGGCCCGAGAUCACGGAGCGCGUGCGCAGCGGCGACGUGCAGGGCCUGGCUGCCGUGCUCGACGCGGCGGGCGCCGCAGAGGCGUACACGGUGCGCACAGCGCAGGCGGUCGACUUUAUCCGCGGCGGCCAGAAGAUCAACGCCAUGCCGGAGAAGGUCACUCUCGGCGUCAACUACCGCGUCACGCUCGACGACGGCAUCUACAAGGUGCUGCACAACAUUGUCAAGUACGUUGACCCGGUAGUGAAGCGGUACAACCUGUCCGUGGCGGCGUUUGAGGGCGACGACGGGUAUGCCGCGUACGCGGCCAAGGCGGGUGCGCCCGUGGACGCAGCGUACGCGACGAACGCCAAGGGCAAGCUCACUAUCAAGACGGCCGAGACGUCGCAGCCGGCGCCCGUCUCGCCGAUGCACGGCAAGGUCUGGGAUACCUUUUCCGGCACCGCGCAGCACACGCUCGCUUUUGACGGGACUGUCGUGCCCGUCGGCGAGACUAUGACUGGUAACACGGAUACUCGACACUAUCAGAACCUCACCCCCAAUAUUUACCGCUUCACGCCUGCUGCGGCUGGAUCCUCGUACAACAUCCACACAAUUGACGAGCGCGUGGACAUGCACGAGCACAUGAAGAUGAUUGCCUUUUACUACGACUUUGUCCGCAACUUUGACGCGGCUGUGCUUGAGGGCGAGAGCGCGCCGGAGCUAGAUAACCUGGAGCUGUAG